CAUCCCUUUCUGUGAUUGUAUGAAAACAAGAUUCCUGAGACCAAGUGGUGACACCUGGGUAAGUGCACACAGUACAAGGAGCAAAAGGACCUAGCUUCAAGAACCUAGUCCCCACCUGCAAGGGGAAAAGCCUCAUGAGUGGUGAAGCAGCACUGCAGGUGUAGAGAAUAUCCAGGUAGUAACUGCAGUUCUGCCUCUGGUCUGGCUACCAUGUAUCAUGGACGAACUACUGGUAAAGGGCUGUCUACUGCUACACAGAUUUACCAACAACCUCCAAGGAUUCUCAUUAUACAUAUCACUCUACCAUCCUGGGCUGACAUCUGUUCCAACCUCUGUGAGGCUCUGCAGAACUUUUUCUCUCUAGCCUGUGGCUUAAUGGGGCCCAGUCGCAUGUCCCUCUUCAGCUUAUACAUGGUACAAAAUCAGCAUGAGUGCAUCCUCCCCUUUGUGCAAGUGAAAGGGAACUUUGCUAGACUACAGGCCUGCAUCUCUGAACUCCGUAUGCUGCAAAGAGAAGGGUGUUUCAGACCACAGACUUCUUCUCUGAAGAUGGCAGUAGAGGAUGGGCUCCAGCAGUUCAAGCAAUACAGCAGACAUGUGACCACAGGGACAGUACUGACCUACACUUCCCCAGAGAUCACCAUUUUGACUUCCCAACCUGGAAAAGAGGUGGUCAAACAGUUGGAGGAAGGAUUAAAAGACACAGAUCUACUCAGGGUCAGGAGGCUUCAGGUGGUUGAGAUCUCAAAGAAAGUCCCAGAGGAUGUGGAUUCAGUGUCCCCUGUUGAGGAGCCCAGCAAUGAUGAGAGUUCUAUCCUGGGAACUGACAUUGACCUUCAGACAAUAGACAAUGAUAUUAUUAGCAUGGAGAUUUUCUUCAAGGCUUGGCUACAUAACAGUGGAACAGACCAAGAACAUAUCCAUCUUCUUCUUCCAUUACAGCGUUUCAGCAACAGUUCCGGAGGCAAAGAUAAUCUAACAUGCCUGAAAUGUGAUCUCCAAGAGCGACUUCUCAGCCCGUCCCUGCUCCCUGGCACAGCUGAUGGCUCCUUGAGAAUGGAUGACCCCAAAGGAAUCUUUGGCACACUCUACCAGCUGACUGCCCAGUCUUCAGCCUGUCAUUACAAGCUCCGGGUGAUCAAGGCUCUAAAAUCCAGUGGAGUCUGUGAAUCAUUGACAUAUGGACUCCCAAUAAUACUCAAACCCACAAGCUGUUGGAAGCUGGACUGGGAUGAGCUUGAGUCAAAUCAGCAGCAUUUCCAUGCUCUGUGUCACAGCCUGCUGAAAAGAGAGUGGCUACUGCUGGCCAAAGGGGAGUCCUCAAAGCAAGGACACAACCCCAGAGAACCUGCCUGCACCUUCUAUGUGAUCAUGCCAUCGCGCUCCCUGACUCUGCUGGUGAAGGCAGUGGCCACACGGGAAUUGCUGCUGCCCAGCCCUUUCCCCCUGCUUUCUGAGGACCCUCCUGAUGACAGCCUCAAAGCUGUGGAGAGCAUGCUGGAUGGCCUGGAGCUGGAGUCCACCUACAACCCCUUGCAGAUUAGGAACCACCUGUACUCAUACCUGAACAGCAUCUUUGUCAAGUCUCAGGGGCGGCUCCACCCAAGUUGGGAGAGUCAGGCCCAGAGAAAGGUACAAUUUCCCUCCCUGUCACACCUCCCUCCCCUUUAUGCUCAGAAUUCUAGAGGCCCCUUCUCCUUGCUCCUCAUCCCUAAUCCAUAGGAGUGUGGACUUCCCCCAAGUCUCCCCAGGUGGAAGAAGAAAAAGACCUGCUUCUUUGUUCUAAACAGAGGAAGCUGUACCUCCUUUCCAGCAGGACCUUUAUGCUUAUGCCUUUACAUAAUGUUCAGUUCCUUAAGUCUAGUGUUUAUGGUAACUUGCUCUCUCCACUGAAUAGACUUAUUAUCCCACUGAGCAAACUGGCCGUACAGGUACUACAACCAUAGCCCUGUUUGAAAGAGAAGGCUUGGGGAAGUUGGGAAAAGAAAAUGCCCAAGGGAAGGGAAAUCAACAUCUACUGAGAACCAGUCUUUUGCCAGGUUUUGUGAGAAGUGUUUUCACACAUACUUUUCUCAUUUAUUCUUCACAGCAUCCGGGUAAGGUAAGGUGUUGUUACGCUCAUGUUACAAAAUGACAAAAGCAAGACCGGCCAAGGUUAGUAUCUUGGAAACAAGGGCUCUGAUGAGAUAAGGUUAAAGAGAGAAGACGAAGUGAUAAGGGAAGAGUUAUUUUUAUGAAAUCCAUAGUCUACAAUACGGGUGCUUCCUUUUGCCCUUAAUAAUCUUUUCCUAGUCUCCAAGUGAUAAGACCUUUAGAAAAAUGCCCGCUCUGUCCUCAAGUUACAACAGAUUCUCAAACUAGUCAACUGAGAGGUGAGAGCAAUGGCCCAAUGUGUGGGAGUGGAGCCCAAGACAAGUUAGCUGGUGGGCAAGCUAGCAAAGGAGGGACACCCAACAGGGAGGUGAGCUCUGAGGAGGCUGGACCCCAGGGAGCGCCACCAUCUCAGUCCAGAGCCCUGAGGGGAUCACUCCAGGGAUGGGACUCUUGAAGAAAUUAUUGUUCAGGUGAGCCUUCAAGGAUUGGGGUAGGAGGUCAAGAAUGCUGUCCAACCUUCUGAAAAGGUCCUACUUCACUUUCUUUGCAGGCUGGACAGUUGCAGACAAGCAGAGUUAGAGCCACAGUGGCCCCCCUACCUAUGAUAACAGCCACUGGCAGAGUCCCCAAGAUGCCAGCAGCCAGAUCUUCUUCAGAAGCCUUCUUCCAGCCUUCUAAAGGGGAGCAGGAGGAGGAAGAAGAGGGAUACCCUUCAGGACUCUAAGUCACCAGCAGCACAGCCCCCUGCCCUGAGCAACCACAUCCAUGCUGAGGGUCAGACUUGCCUUCUAUCCACCUGAGCUCCAGGUGACACAUAAAGAGCCUCCCCCUCAGUGCUGUCACUGUCCCACUCCUAGAGACUGAAAGAUGCACACCUGAGCCUUCCCCCUCUCUUAACAGGGACUCUUGUUUUGUUUUGUUUGCCUGGUCAUUUGAUGCUGUUAACACAGAUUAAACACCCAGUUAAGUACAUUCCCAGCCCUGAAUUUUUCCCUGCAGCUCUGUGUAAGCAGGUAGAGGAGAUCCAGUCAGCUUCAGGAACUAGGUCUCAGGAGACAAGGAUGUUUUCAGAGCACAUGAAAAACAAGUGGGAUUGAAAUUCAAGCCUCAGUUCCUUUCAGACUACAGACAUAGAAGUGGUUUAUGCUUGAUGCCUACAUGUAGAGUGUGUGUGCACGCGCAUUAGAGAAUAAAACGGGUGAGA